CUCUCUACUUUUGGGCCUUGUUAAAACCCUCCUCUUUACCUUUCACUGAACGCAAAAGCGAGAAGCACAGCAAAAGCGACACCAAGAAGGAAGGAAGGAAGGGAGCGAUUGGUGUCGAUUAGAUUCUGAUAAAGAGCGUUAGGGGUGUUGUUUUUGGCAUCAACGUUUAAGGAGCUAAAGAGCUUACAGAUCUUUCUCUGCUUCUGAUUGAAACCCUAGGUGGCGAUACAAAAUGAGCCAGAAGUCGCUGAUCUACGCUUUCGUUGCUCGUGGAAACGUGGUUCUGGCUGAGUACACGGAAUUCAGUGGGAAUUUCAAUUCCAUAGCGUUUCAGUGCCUUCAGAAGCUCCCUGCGACCAACAACAAGUUCACUUACAAUUGCGAUGGCCAUACUUUCAAUUACCUCGUCGACAACGGCUACACAUAUUGUGUAGUUGCAGAUGAAUCAGUAGGAAGACAGGUACCAAUGGCUUUUCUGGAGCGUAUCAAGGAUGACUUUGUGUCAAAAUAUGGUAGUGGAAAGGCUGCUACAGCUCCUCCCAAUAGUCUAAACAAGGAAUUCGGGCCAAAAUUGAAGGAACAUAUGCAGUAUUGUAUUGAUCAUCCUGAAGAGAUAAAUAAGCUUGCAAAAGUGAAAGCCCAGGUUUCAGAAGUAAAAGGGGUUAUGAUGGAAAAUAUCGAAAAGGUUCUUGAUAGAGGGGAAAAGAUAGAGCUUCUGGUGGAUAAGACUGAGAACCUUCAUAAUCAGGCACAAGACUUUCGUAACACAGGAACGAAGAUGAGAAGGAAAAUGUGGCUACAGAACAUGAAGAUCAAGCUCAUUGUUUUGGGAAUAGUGAUUGCCUUGAUCCUCAUCAUCGUGCUCUCUGUUUGCAAAGGGUUCAACUGUGGGAAGUAAAAUGCGGUUCUUGAAGAGGAUUUCAAAACAAAUGCCUUUGAAGCAGUUAUCAAGUAUAUUUUGUGGCUUUGUAUGUAGAAGAAAUUUAGCUAUAUGGAUAUUUGAUACAGAAUGAAUUGUUGUUGCAUUCUACUGAACCACGAUAAGCCUUUAUUAUAUUGUGAGAUUGCUUUUGCAGAGAUAAAACUUCAGUUUUUCCUUUUUAAGCAUGGUUCGAGUUACACUACUUGCAAGCGAUUGUGUUAAAUUUAUGAGGUGCUUCAAAUCUUUUGGAGUC